AAAUGAUUGUUUUGCACAUUCACUUAGAACGCUGAAAUGCCAACAUUUUGCGUUUUAUUUUUACUAACUUUGGUUAGCUUCAACCAUGCUGAUGAAUCAACUUCUACCAAGAAUAAGAGCCAUCGUCAUCACAAGUUCAGAUAUGUUGUAGGGGACUGGAGGCCACAUUUUGGUUACCAUCCUAGCCACAUGGCCAGUGAUCAUCUGUAUCGUUAUCAAAAAACCAAGCCAACCACCACACGCAUUCCUCAAGUGUCUGCUAUUCCAGAAGUUCCUCUGGAUCACUACGUAGUGCGUUUGAUGAAAGAGGAUCAACUGGUCUGCAGUGGCAUCAUAGUCAACCAGCAUCAGGUAUUAACAGCGACAACAUGUUCUGCAGUCACCUCGGGGCUUGUGGUAAAACUCUAUGACGGCUCUACAUAUACUGUGACUGAUCAUAUUCCUGGCAAAGGUUACAGUAUUGGUGUGGGCGUAGAACUGCUAACGCUGCUAAAUCUGAAUACGACAUUGGAGGAUGCGUUUUCAAGGGCACCCUCGAUUUGCUCCCAUCGUCUGGCUAUGGGAGAAAUUGUUCAGCUUUGGACAUGGAAUUCACGCAAGACGGGUCUAAGGAAGAAACGAGUGUCGCAGAUACCCGAUCGCCGAUGCAAACAGAUAAUCAAUGAUCCCGAAAUGUUGGUCCUGAGCAAUGCCACUAGCUGUUUAUCAAACACUGCUUGGAGCAAGACAUGCCAGCCAAAUAUUGGUCUACCCUAUGUGUAUAAGCAAAGUUUUUGCGGCCUAAAUAUUUUGGGGCACAAUUGCCCAAAAGCUAGUGAGGCCGAUGUCUAUAUACGUUUGCUUGAUGAGAAACGUUUCAUUAGUGAGAAAAUGAAUCAAGUUCGCUUGGCUCGCCUUGAUAGGUUUCUAAUUUAAAUAAAUAUUCCAAAAAGACCAAAUCAAA